GGUGAAUCUCAUUCUUUUCAUAAUCAUCUUUCAGAAAAUAAAACAUCUGAAUGGAAUUUAUUUCCUUUAAUGGAGAACAAAGAACCCAGUUUUAGAUAAAGUGCAGUCACAUUAUAGAGCUCUGACUCCAUUCAGCUCAGAUCUCACAACCUCUACAUCUGAACAGUAAAGAUGAAUAUCAGACAGACGGAUUGAUCUUUUUCACAUUCAGCUCCAAAUCUGAGAUGAGCUGAAAAUUCUGUACAUUUCUGCCAUGAACUGAAGCAGAUUUGAGCUUUUCUACGUUCCCACGUUUCUUCACGUUUGAUGAAUGAACUCUGCUUUUUCCAUCACUGUAAAUCACCUGCAGUAGCUGGAAAGCCUGUGAUGGAGAUGGAGACGCAUUCAUCUCAGGACUUUUUCAGCAGGUGGAGCAUUUGAUUCUCUCUAUUUCUGUCAAAGUGGAAACACUUUAUAUGUUUUGAUUGACGUUGAACUUGUAAGAUGGUGGCACCACCUCAUGUGGAACCUGGUCUUUGGUAAACAGCAGGGGGUGCCAGUGAGCGAGUCCUCAGUGAACGGUAGGAAAUAGAGCUAAAAGGACAAACUCCUUCAGAUUCACUGAUGCUCUCAUUGUGUAACAGGUGAAUGUGCGUUUUAUGGCACUGCUCUUCUGGGCUUAUGCUGGCGGAUGGCAGAUGGCUGGACUGCUAAGGAUUGCUUGUUCAGAAGGAUUCAACAGAAAACCAGGAAGUCCCUCCUCCUCAGUCCAGAGUAAACAAAACUGAUCUCAGAGAGCUGCUCCCUCUCCGUCUAGACGUGCAGGACAAUGGCCAGUAUUUCAGUAGAUCACGACCAGUUCAGCUGUCCAGUCUGUCUGGAUCUGCUGAAGGAUCCAGUGACCAUCCACUGUGGACACAGUUUCUGUAAGGUGUGUAUUAAUGGCUGCUGGGAUCAGGAUGAUCAGAGGGGGGUCUACAGCUGCCCCCAGUGCAGAGAGACUUUCACUCCAAGGCCUGUUCUACGCAGAAACAACAUGCUGGCUGAAGUGGUGGAGAAACUGAAGAAGACAGAACUCCGAGCUGCUCCUCCUGCUCCCCAUUACGCUGGACCUGGAGAUGUGGAGUGUGAUUUCUGCACUGGGAGAAAAAUCAAAGCCAUCAAGUCCUGUCUGACGUGUCUAGUUUCCUUUUGUGAAACUCAUCUUAAACCUCACUGUGAAGUUCCUGCCUUGAAAAAACACAAGCUGGUCAAAGCCUCCUCACAGCUACAGGAGAAGAUCUGCUCUCAGCACGACAAACUGAUCGAGAUCUACUGUCGUACUGACCGAAGCUACAUCUGCUAUUUAUGUACGAUGGAGGAACACAGAGGUCACGAUACAGUCCCAGCUGCAACAGAGAGAACCGAGAAACAGAAUCAGCUGAAGGAGAUUCAGAGUAAAUUCCAGCAGAGAAUCCAGGAGAAACAGAAGGAGCAGCAGGAGCUGAAACAGGCUGUGAAGACCCUUAAGCGCUGUGCUCAGUCAGCAGUGGAGGACAGUGAGAGGAUCUUUACUGAACUGAUCCGCUCCAUUGAGAAAAAGCGCUCUGAGGUAACAAAGCUGAUCAGAGCUCAGGAGGAGGCUGAACUGAGUGGAACUGAAGAACUCCUGGAGAAACUGGAGCAGGAGAUCGCUGAUCUACAGAGGCGGCGCACUGAGCUGGAGCAGCUUUCACACACAGAGGAUCACAUCCAUUUCCUCCAGAGUUUCCAGUCUCUCUGUGUCUCUUCUGGAUCUGAGGACUCACCCAGCAUCACUGUCCAUCAGCACCUCUCAUUUGAUGGAGUGAGGAGAUCUCUCUCUGAGCUGAAGGAGCGACUAGAGGAGUUCUGCAGAGAGGAGUUCAGUAAAAUCCCUCCUCAUGCUGCAGCAGUUCAGAUUUUUUCCUCAGAACCAAAAACCAGAGAAGAUUUUCUGCAGUAUUUCUGUCAGCUGACUCUGGAUCCCAACACGGCACAUCCUUACCUCAUUCUGUCUGAGAAGUACAGAGUGGUGACGUACAGGAUUAAAGUCCAGUCAUACUCUGACCAUCCAGAGAGAUUUAACUGCUGGGCUCAGGUGUUGUGUAAGGAGAGUGUGAGUGGACGCUGUUACUGGGAGGUUGAGUGGAGGAGCAGUCAGAGAGGAUAUGUGCGCAUAUCAGUCUCAUAUAAAGGGAUCAGCAGGAAAGGAGAGGGUAAUGAUUGUGUGUUUGGACGCAACAGUCAGUCCUGGAGUCUGUGUUGUUCUCCGUCUCUCAUUUUCAUGCACAACAACAAUCAGACUAAGAUCUCAGGACCAUCAUCCUCCAGAAUAGGAGUGUAUGUGGAUCACAGUGCAGGAACUCUGUCGUUCUACAGCGUCUCUGACACAAUGACCCUCCUACACACAGUCCACACCACGUUCACUCAGCCGCUCUACGCCGGGUUCAGGAUUCAUGGCUUUAGAUCAUCUGUGAGAUUAUGUGAUAAAUAAUGAUUUAUCUGAAUUAUUGAUGCCUUAUAGAUUUAGAAUAUUUCUCACACUGUUUUAUUAAUAAAUCAUGUUUUUAGUAACAUGUUGAUAGUCAGAAUGUUUUAUUUAUCUCAGUGUUCAAUUCAAAUGAAAUUUGUUUCUAGACUGUCCAGGGUGUUUCCUGCCCUCCGACCCAGAGGGAUAAGUGGCUUAGUACAAGUGUGUCUGUGUGUGUGUUUGUGUGGAUUAAGUGACCCCACACUGUUACAACACAAUGAUCUGAAUGACCACCAGGUCAAAGUGUGUUUGAGGGUCUGUGAUCUGUUCAUCUUUAAUUCUACAAACACUUCAAGAGUUUAAACUUCUGAUCAUUUACAGAGUUUAACGCCAGAAUGAUUGUGUAGUGUUUGUAAUAUUUCUGUAAAUUAAAUGUUCAUUUACUGUGUUUCUGUCCACAAACAGACCUGA